CGAGAAGGCAGUAUACGCUCGUAACUGUUGCUGAUCGGAGAUGACGGACGACUACACCGAAACUUCGCCGAUAGUGCAGACGACACAUGGAAAAGUGAAAGGAAUUCUGCUUAAGUCGCUGUACGACGAGCAGUUCUACGCUUUCGAUGGCAUCCCAUAUGCUGUUCCUCCGCUCGGAACUCUGCGAUUCAAGGAACCGCACGACCUGAAGCCGUGGCAUGGUAUUCGAGACUGCUCUAAGCCGUCAAACAAGUGCCUGCAAGUGAGCUCCUAUACCAAGAUGGUGGAGGGCUCCGAGGAUUGCCUAUAUCUGAAUAUUUCAGCGAAAACUCUGCUCGGCGAACCCAUGCCCAUUAUGGUCUAUAUCCAUGGAGGUGCUUUUAAAGGCGGCGAUUCUUCGAGGCGAGCUUGGGGUCCUGACUAUUUCAUGAAGGAAAGGGUUCUUUAUAUCAGCAUCGGGCACCGACUGGGACCUUUGGGCUUUCUCAGUUUUGAGGAUCCCUCGCUCGAGAUCCCUGGCAAUGCUGGUCUAAAGGACAUAAUCCUGGCUCUUCAGUGGAUUAGGGCGAAUGCCGCCAAGUUCAAUGGUGACCCGGAUAGAAUAACCAUUUUCGGUCACAGCUCCGGCAGCAUGGCAGUUCAGCUCCUGUUGGCCAGUCCCCAAACAGAAGGGCUCUUCCACAAGGCCAUCCUUAUGGCGGGUUAUUCGAUGGAACUGAAUAGCCUGCCUCACUUGGAAUUCCGACUGGCCAAACAUUUGGGAUACGAGGGAGAGAAUAUCGAUGGCCCGGUUCUAGAGUUCCUCCUGAAGGCAGAUCCGCAUCUGCUUGUCUCUGCGGAUUUUUUCACUCCAGCGGAGAAAGGUCAGGGUCAUGUCAUUGCUUUCAAGCCCAGCAUUGAGAGGUAUGCCACCCCAAAAGCUGUUCUCCAAGCGGAACCCGUCGACCUCCAGCGUACUGCUUGGAGCAAUCGCAUCCCCAUUAUCUUGGGCGCGAACAGUGGCGAGGGCUUGUCCACAAUGAAUUUCCUUAAAUUGAACCCUACUUGGCUGAGGGACCUCCAGCAAAACCCGGAGCGGGCGUUGCCUUGGACUCUGCGGAAUCACUGUGAUCCCGGCCAGCGGCGUCAGUUGGGGCAGGCGCUGAUCAAUCACUUCUGCCAGGCCCAUGGACAUAAGCUGACUUCGAAUCACACCGACGCAUUGACGGACCUCUUUACUCACAGCAUGGUGCAUUCCAUGGACCGAUUAAUCCAGUCCAGGUUGGUCCACGGCCAGGCAUCCACUUACCUCUACCGCUUCGAUUUCGAUUCACCAGACUUUAACUUCUACCGGAUUCGCUUUAUGGGAAAGGAGCAGCGGGGGGUCUCUCAUGUGGACGAGCUGGGAUAUAUUUUUGUGAUCCCAGCCACCUUUAAAUUGGACAAUUCUCGACCGGAGCUCACCGCCAUCUGCCGAAUGGUAGCCAUGUUCGUGGAAUUUGCCGCUACCUCGGAUCCCAAUGCACUCCUCACUAAACCUCUGGUGGAGUGGAAGCCAGUCACUCGAUUCGGAAAACGAAUGGUCCUCAACAUUAGUGAGGAAUUAAAAUUUAUUCCCCAACCAGAGAUGCUUAAGCUUAAGUUUUUUGAUCGGCUGUUUGAAAUGGCUGGAGUUCCUUUGAUUUAAUUAAUCUGUUACCAAAUUUUAGAUCAAAGAGUACAGCUAAAGAACCCUUUAAUAUUUUUAAUACAUUUUUAAAGACGAGUACUGCUGUAUGUGUAUAAAAAAACGCGCUUUUAUAAAAUAUAAUGUUUUGUCUAACAAACAUAUUUACUUGUUAAUAAAAAUCAAUAAAUUCUAUACAAAAGGUCAACCAAAAA